AUGCGGUUUUCAAGGGCAAUAAAAUCCUCAGUGCAUUCACUGCCAAGUCCAGAUGGCAAACACAUCGCGACGGUGUUUUCUGGCGUUGUCAAUGUCCGUCCCGUGCUUGGGCUCGACGUGGUCAACGUGAUCAAGCUGCCUCAGGACUUCAACGGUCCCGUGCUUAGCUUCCAGUGGUCGCCUUCGUCUCGCCUUCUGCUCGUUGCCGACGCCGACCAAGUUCGGGUCGUGUCGGCCCUGGACAACAGCUUCCAGGCCACGAUUCGGAACCAUGUUGGACCCGGGACCAGGCCCGCCUACGUUGGAUUUGGUGCCUCGGACCUCGAGAUUUGUGUCAUCUCCUCAUUUGGCCUCAAGUUUGCCGUCUUUGACCUCGGCUCUUCCACAGCCGCUGAGAUUGGCAACCCAAAGUUGUUUUCCUCCUCGUCCGCAUGUAGAUGCUUCUCUUUCCGGCCCGAGACACGUCAUCUCGCUCUGCUGACAAGGGCAGCGGGUAAGGACAUGGUGAGCAUACACGGCUUUCCGGGAAGAGAGCUGCAGAGGUCGUGGGCGCCCGACACGGUCGACGCCCAAGGUCUUGUCUGGAGCCCCGACGGACGAUGGCUCGUUGUAUGGGACUCGGCUGCGCACGGUCACAAGGUGCUCUUUUACACCUCUGAUGGCCAUCUCUUCAAAACCUGGUCCGGCCCUGUCAACCCUCGGCCUGAAGAGAGAGACUAUGCUCUCGGUGCGGGUGUCAAGUCAAUCCAGUUCUCUGCAGAUGCCCGCCAUCUCGCCAUUGGUGAUUCCAGCAGGUCUAUCUGCAUGCUCAGUAUGGCUUCCGUCACUGAGACAAUGCGGCUUCGGCAUCCAAGAAGCCUCGUUCCCAGAGAGACUCUCCAGGUCUGGCAAGAGCAGAUUGGUGUUUCGCAAACAGGACCAGUCAUGCACACUUUCUUGAGAACUACUCAGGCAAUCUCCCCCGCGCCGUGUCUACGGGACAACUCAGAGCCAGUGACCGGCUGUGUUUCGAUCUCCUUCGAUCCAUCCUCGGCCCUCGUUGCUACACGACUGGAUGACUCCCCGGGGACGCUGUGGAUCUGGGACAUUCAAGUCGCAGAACUCCGUGCAGCUCUCCUAUUUCAUGGAAAUGUGAUCAGCCAUUCAUGGCAUCCACACGUACCCGAAACCUUGCUCGUCAAAUGCGAAGGCGACCAAUACAAUGGCCAAGUGUUUGUGUGGGAUCCCCUCUCGGAAGGGCCCCGAACCGUUGAUUUUGGCCGGCACUUCCCCGGGGCCAAGGCUGGCACCAAGUCGCGUGCGCUGUGGCUUGGGCUUGAUUCGUUGAGUCCUCCUUGCACCUUUUUCUCUGAUACUCAGAAUUACAUGCUUGCAUGUAUAGGCGACGCCGACCAAGGUCCGCCUCCUUGGGGCACCUCAAGUAGCUCAGAACCUGAUCUCCCGAGAGAGACGCGGGAAGAAUCGCCUCUUGAGCUGGUCCCUGCGUCUGGGAGCAACCCUGAAGCUCUAGACCUUGAUGACGAGGAAGACUGCAGCGAACUAGAGGAUACCUUUGUAUACAAACGGUGA